CCUUUUGCGGCCGGUCGCCAUUGAUAUCAAAUAAUCCCACCAUUAAACUCCUCGCAGCCUCCGCGCGCGCUCUCUGUCUCUCUCUUUCUCACACACGCACGCACGCGCUAAAUCUUCAAUUCACACACAUAUAUAGUAUAUAUAAAUCUGUUGACGCAGAAAUUCAUUAAAUCCCACACCUCCAUCCAUUUGAACAAACCGAGAAACUGCAGAAAAUCAAGAACAGAAAACACACUGUGAAAUUUUUAAAUAGAUUGAAUCUGUUUGUGAAUUUGGUUUUAUAUAUGUAAUGCGUCAGAAAAAAUCUGAAGUUCAGAUCGGAACAGAAAGCAGUGGCAUCUCUUCCGAUUUCAACCCUAUCCCACUGCCCCCUUCUUCCCUUACACAAAAACAUCCACAUCUUUUCCAAAAUUUUCACCCAAAUACUCACCAUCCUUCAAAUUCGUCGUCUUACGUGAAUAAUAGUACCCUUCAGAUCCUUAUCAAUGAUGAAAAUCGACUGAAGGGUCAAAAUGAUCGGUUUCCCCUCAAACCCUCACCUUUGAAGAGACCUAAUGUUCAACAAAUUUCAAGUUCGCUUACCAAGACUCCGACUUUGUCAAAUGCCCUUCACAGAUAUGGGUUUUCUGGAAAAAAUCCUCCUUCAAAGUUUAAUCUUCUUUAUACAAGGUCUCAAAACUUCUUGACCCAUUUUCACCACCAUGUUCAUUACCUACGCCGUCGAAUGCGCCUCCACCUCCGCCUCAUACUUCUCCUCAGUCUCCCUUUCUUUUACUUCCUGGUCUCCCACCCUUCCAGCUCAUUUAUUCUUGAUUUCCUCUCUGCCUUUGCCUUCUCUGCUGCGCUCUUGUUUUCCCUCAAUUUGGCCAUUCCAAGACUUCCCACGAUAUGGUUGUACCUUGCCAGGUCGUUACCAGUUAAAAUUCGUCGAAAAAAACAAGCGAACUGGCCACAUUUACCGGUAUUUUGGUCAAUUGGGUCUUCACACAAGGCGGAUAAGAAAGCAAUUUCAGGGUCUUAUGUAGAGGCAUACAACAAUGGGGAUGUGUACGAGGGCGAGUAUCACAAGGGAAAGUGUAAUGGGAGUGGGGUUUAUUAUUAUUACAUGAGCGGGAGAUAUGAGGGGGAUUGGGUGGAUGGCAAGUAUGAUGGAUAUGGAGUAGAGACAUGGGCAAGGGGCAGCCGGUAUAGAGGUCAGUACAGACAGGGGCUUAGGCAUGGUUUUGGGGUGUACAGGUUUUAUACAGGAGAUGUCUAUGCUGGGGAGUGGUCUAGUGGGCAGAGCCAUGGGUGUGGUAUACAUACCUGCGAAGAUGGGAGCCGUUAUGUGGGGGAAUUUAAGUGGGGCGUUAAACAUGGCCUUGGACAUUACCAUUACAGGUAAUCUUGGGGAUGUUUAUUUGCAUUCUGCCAGUCGUUUAUAUGCU